AAAAAAAAAAUCACACCAAACAAACAAAGAAAAAAGAACAAAUCUUUUUCUUUUUUUCUUCUUAAUUUCUUCCAUGGUAUCAAAAUUCUCAUAAAACCCAUGUUGGAAAUCCUUUUUAAAAUUCAUUUUUAGCUCUUUCUUUUAUUUUUUUCUUUAAUUAUUAGGGUUUUUUUUUUUUUUUUUUGCGGUUAACUUUAAUGUUGGAGUCAUGCAGGACAUAGCUCCCACAAGCACCACCCCACUAAGUACUACACCGAAAUCACCAGAGCCUGAGAGUGAAACACCAACCCGGAUCCAACCCACUAAGUCCUUAUCUUUCACUAACGGUGUUCUCAAGCGUCACCAGCCUCACCACCCUCACCACCACUACCACCCCCACGCGCCACCCAUCGUCAUAAACUACAAAGAGUGUCUCAAGAACCAUGCAGCCACUUUGGGUGGACAUGCUCUAGAUGGCUGUGGUGAAUUCAUGCCAUCUCCAACAGCUACCCCAACAGACCCAACUUCCCUCAAAUGUGCUGCUUGUGGAUGCCACCGCAAUUUCCACCGCCAGGAACCUGAAGACCCACCUCCCACAACAGCCACCGCUACACUAGAAUACCAGCCUCACCAUCGCCACCAUCCACCACCUCCGGCCAGUCAGCCACAUCGUAGUCCUAACUCUGCUUCACCACCACCGAUCUCAUCAUCCUACUAUCCUUCAGCUCCUCACAUGCUUUUAGCACUUUCAGGAGGUCUCACAGGUGCAUUAGACAAUACUCAUAAUAACUCUCAUUUACCAGCUGGUGCCGUUACUCCAAACACUAGAAAUCUUGGUUCGAGCUCGAGGAAAAGAUUCAGAACAAAGUUCACUCAGUUGCAGAAAGAUAAGAUGCUGGAUUUUGCGGAGAGAGUUGAGUGGAAGAUGCAGAAAAAAGAUGAAGAAGCUAUUCGAGAGUUUUGUAAUGAAGUUGGUGUUGAUAGAGGGGUUUUAAAAGUUUGGAUGCAUAACAAUAAGAAUACUUUUGGGAAGAAAGAUCAAGCCAAUGGAGGAGAACGAGGAGGAGGAAGUGGAGGGAUUGGAAGUAGGAAUAAUGGGAGUGGGAAUAGCAACAAUAAUAUUGAUAGUUCCGGACUCAACCAUGAAGACAACCAUGAAGACAACAAUGAGAGUCAUGGGAAUAACAACAACAAUGGUCAGAAUCUGAACCAUCACUUUGAAACUGAUAGUGUUGCUCAUGUUGGAACUAAUGGCUCUUCUUCUUCCUCUUGAUGUUGAUGAUGAAUUGAGAUCAGCUUCAUGAUCUUUUCUUUCUGAUGGGAACAUAAUAAGCUGUUAGAUAGAGUAAGGACCUGUUUAUUAGCUGUUUUUCUUUUCUUUUGUUUUCUGAUCAUUUUGUUCCUAGAUAGUUUAAUUAAUGAUCAUCACUUUGUUGAGGAUAUAACAUGGGAAGAACUGCUUUGAUCCAAAAAGGGAAUUUAUUUUCUUUUCUAGUAAUUUUUUUUCUUCACCAUUUCUCUCAAAUUCUGGUUUUUUGGGAUUAUAAACUUCCAUGGUUUCUGUUUUCCAGGCAGUGAAACAAAAAUCUUAAAACCUUUGAAUCUGUAAAGUUUCCUUAGACAGAGUUAAAGGUGAGAGAAACAGAGGGAAAGAGAGAGAAAUAGGUUUCCUUACAAUGAUCUUCUGUCUGAGAGGAAGAGGCAGAAAGUGUUGUAAAACUUGUAUCUGAUUAUUUUAACAUAUCCCAUUAGCUUUAUACAAUAUAAGCUGAUAUGAGAAGAUUUUUUUAUAGUUUAUUAGCAUAAGGGGAACAUAUCAUCUUCAUUAUCUUCUCAAUCAUCCGCAAAAGAAAAAAAAAAAAGCUU